AUGAAUUCCUUCAAGAAAAAAUCAAAAUCUAAAAAGAAGGAUAGCAAAAAGCAUAAGAAACACAAAAAAGCACGAACAAGUAGCUCCAGCACCUCAUCAUCAAGUAGCAGUGAAUCGUCUUCAAGUAGUGAAACAAGUUCAGACAACAAGCACAAAAGCAAGAAAUCUAAGAAGGAAAAAAGGAAAAUGAAAGUAAAAUCAUCUAAAGUAGGAGAACCUAGUUGUGGAGUAAAUCCAAGACAUUCAGAUGAAGACUUCAGCAUUCCUAUCCACCUUAUGAACAAUAAGCAUAAAGCACCAGAGACUCGUGAAGAAUAUGAAAAGCGUCAAAGUGUCAUAAGACGAGUAGUUGAUCCUGAAACGGGGAGAACUCGCUUAAUCAAAGGCGAUGGUGAAGUUAUAGAAGAAAUGGUAUCUAAGGAUCGUCACGACCAAAUUAACAAACUUGCAACUCAAACAGAUGGUCAAGUUUAUCAGAAUAAGACAAUAGGUUGGGCUGUAACUAGUGAAAAAAAAUAA